AUGACAUCAGACACCCAAAAGUCUGCCAUAAUGAAGUUGGUGACGAACGACGGCGAGAAUUUCGAUGUGCCACGUGAUGUGAUCCGGCUUUCAACCACCAUCAACACUAUGCUUCAGGAUCUCGGUUUGGAUAAUGAAUCUAAUGACCCAAUACCGAUCUGCAAUGUAUCUGGCCCAAUUAUGAAGAAGGUUCUACAGUGGUGUACAUUCCAUAAGGACGAUCCGCCGAGCACUGAUGAUUCGGACAAUCGCGAGAAACGCACCGAUGACAUUCCCAGUUGGGAUGUUGAGUUCCUUAAAGUUGAUCAGGGAACUUUAUUCGAACUGAUUCUCGCUGCCAAUUACCUCGAUAUCAAGGGACUGCUUGAUGUCACCUGUAAAACGGUUGCUAAUAUGAUCAAAGGCAAAACACCGGAAGAAAUUCGUCGUACGUUCAACAUUAAAAACGACUUCACACCUGAAGAAGAAGAACAGAUCCGCAAAGAAAAUGCCUGGUGCGAAGAUUAA